GCUUUCCGGCGGCAAGCCUUAGCGAUUGGGUGAAGAGUGAACGAAGUAAACUGUCGCUCCGAACCAAUGAAUGCUGCGAAGAACGUUGGCGACCGUAGAGUCUGCCUUGGUUGCUAUGGGAAUGGCGGGAAGCUGUUCUUCUCUCUACCUGCUUCUCGGGGCUACCGGGGUGGGAAAGUCGCUGCUGGUGAAGCGGCUGCAGAAGCUGAGCUCCAAAGAUGGGGCCAAGGACCUUGGAGAACCACCAGCUACUUUGCCAACGGUAGGCACAAAUCUUACCGAUCUCUCAGUAGGAAAGAAGAUCACAGUUCGAGAGCUAGGAGGCUGCAUGGGUCCUAUCUGGUCCAGUUACUAUAGUGACUGCCAUGCUGUCCUGUAUAUGAUUGAUGCUGCCAAUCCUACUCAGAUUUCCGCAUCCUGUGUCCAGCUUCUGUCCCUCCUUUCUGCUGAACAGCUAACAUCGGUUCCUGUCCUCCUCAUUUUCAACAAAAUUGACUUACCAUGCUACAUGUCCCUGGUGGAGAUGAAGUCAUUAUUCCGAAUCCAAGAUAUCAUUGCUUGUGCCAAACAGGUUAUCACUGUGGUCGAGAUCAGUGCACGGGACGGCAGGGGCUUAUCUGAUGUAAUGAAGUGGUUGCAAUCCACCCUGCAUGAUUGAAGUUGGAAUCUGGAAAUGCCAAGAAGCUGAAGCGUUUCCUGCAAGCGGCGGAACAACAUUGCCAUCACAAACUUUGAUGUAGAAAUAUGUCAUUUAAAUUAUUCAGUGGAUUGCCUCUUAACUGGCAAAUUGGAUGGUUGCUACUGCAUGUAGAUGCAUUGAAAGGGAAUAUUGAAGCUGCUAACGGUAAGCACAGUAAUCAUAUACAGCAUUGUAUGAUUUUCUCUAGGUAUUUGUACAGAUGAAUUAAUUGCAAGUAAACAUGCUGCAACAGAGGAACCAAUCAGGUUUUGUAGGCAACAUGAAGUUUAAUUUCACACAGUUUCUAUGCUUUGUAUUAUUUUCUGGUCCAUGAAAUCAGAUCUAAUGGAAGUACAAAGCAAACAAAUUCCUGUUCUAUAACACACUAGAGAUUCAGAUUGCUCAAGUCUGAGUAUCUUAUUCAAGACUUUGUGUGCACAGUCUCUUGUGUUUCAGUUGUCAGUAGUUUAACUAUUUUCUACAACAACAGUGAUCUAACUUUGAGAACCAAAAAUUCGUAGUCCUACCAAAUAUUAACUUGACGGGCUUUAGCAGAUAGCUUUUGCCAAUGGUGCAAUCUCUGUUGUUCCUUGAGCCAGAAAUUCCAUCCAGACCAGUAUACAGGGGUAACACUGACCUACUGAAUUAAAUACCAUAUACAAUAUUUGCUGUAGUGCAUACUGUUGCUUUUCUGUGAGGUACAUUAGAAAUACCGUAUGUUCUGGUGUAUAAGACGACUUUCUAAAUCAUACAAAUCUUCUCUAGGGUCGUCUUAUAUGCCCAGUCGUCUUAUACGCCGGAAAAUAGAGUAUUUUCCGGCGUAUAAGACGACUUUCUAAUCAUGCAAAUCUUCUCCAAAGUUGGGGGUCGUCUUAUACACCGGAAAAUAUGGUAUGUUAAUUUUGUGGUGUUUCCUUGAUUUUAAUUGCUUCUCACUAGAAUCUCACAUUCUUAGAAAAUUUAGGUUUUUGAUGAGCUCAUACCAUCAUGUGAACCAGAUUAUCUGAGUCAUGGGACACCAGCAAAAACGACAUCUACAAUGGCUCAGUAGAUUAUAGUUGAAUUACAAAAUGGGUGUGCAAUGUAGCAAUUCUAAAGUUCUGCAUGACUAAUUAGUUCUUUCAACCAAUUAAAAAUGGUGAAGUUUAAGAUGUAACAAGAUGAGAGUCUUACCAAUAUUGGAUGUAUUCUAUUUAAAAUUCAGUUCUUCUGUUACUCUUUCACGUAAACUUUUAUCUUCUCAGCUUUCCAUUUUAUUCUCUUGUAUCAGUGACCUCCAUCAGAGCCACUAACCAAUUAUUCCAAUUCAAAGACUCUCGAGAAUCUUUGAAUGGCUUGUAAGAAACCAAAUAUAUACUAGGGUUAAAAGUAAGGAAUAUUUACAGAAUGAAUGCUGGCAU